GCCCAGCGCUGGGGCUGGCUUCUUCCUUCGUGUCGAGUAUUUGGGGGUGGGCAUCAGAGGGCGUCGCGGGGCCUUUGAGGGGCCGCCUCCGGCCCUGAGCAUCACAAAAAUGGUUAAAACCCAAAUUUUCCUACCGGAUGUGGGUCCGUGCCAGCAAGCUGACAUGAGCUCUGCACCCGGCGAUGCGCCCCACAGCUGCCGGCAGCGGCGCGUGGGGAGGACGCAUCCCUCGUGGGGACACCGCGUCCUUCGUGGGGACACCGUGUCCACACGGCUGGGGGGCUUCACUGCCGGGGCCUCGCGCUUCGGGCAGCCUCAGGUCCCGGUGCACUCGGCCGCCCUGCAGAAGGGCUGGGACGAGCACGACGAUGGCACCCCUGGGUUUCUCCUGCGCGAAGGCGCUGCUGGCCACGGGGCUGCUGCUGCUCUGGCUGGUGCCGGCAGCGCCGCUGGUGCUGCAGCAGCCCCAGCCCGUCCUCUUCGUGGAGCCCAGGGCCACGGUGGAGAUCGGCUGCAUUCCGGACAAGGAGCUCGAUGGCAGAGGCAACGUGCUCUGGUACCGGCAAGGCCGUGGGGAACGGCCCCGGCUGAUCCUCAGCUGCAUCCAGGAGGCUCAGGAGGGAUUUUCCUGUGAGUACACGAGGCAACGCGCCGUGCUGCACAUCGCUGCCGCCCGCCCCGACCACACCGGCGUCUACCUCUGUGCCUACAGCAUCGGCUACAGUCUGAAGUUCAGCAAUGGCACCGCGCUGAUCGUGGGAGACAGCUGGAGGGCCCAGAGCUGGGUGCGGGUGCUGGCGCCCCACGGCUCCCCUUCAGACCCCCCCAGCCUGGUCUGUGCCGUGGGCAACGCCAGCGGCCCCGUCCUCGUCUCCUGGCCGGGGGGCACCCGAGCCCAGGAGGUGCUGGGGUUGGGGGACAGCACAGAGCUGCUCAUCAGCCCCGCGGGCAUCGCUGGGAGCACCGGGGGGCUCUGCGAGGUGCGCUUCAAUGCCUCCGGUCCCCCCAUCCGGAGGAGCGUGGAGCUGCACGGGGCCAAGGGUGAGCACGAGCCUGGGCACCGGGGUGAACAGGGGAGAGGGCAGAUGGGGUGA